GAAAUCAUAAUUUAUUUUAUGAUACAUAAUUAUAAACUCAUCUUGGAUAGUUACAUUUCCUUCCUUAGUUUUUUUACGUAGCUUUUGGAUAAAAUGUAUCAGAAGAAAGGUAUGAAGGAUGUAUGAAAUAUCUCUAAAUGCUGCGAUGGGAAGUUACUGUUGUACGUGCCGAAGGGAAAAGGUAAUUUCUGCAGAAAACAGAGAAGGAAUUGUGAGGAAUGGGGUCCCCAUAUUUGUCGUUGGCGAAAACAAAACCAAUACGAAAGACAAGUUAUGUCAGGACAGAAAAUACACCUUUAAUGCUGGAAAUGGUGUUUUAAAAGAAGAGGUAGAUGUCACAAGAACAAACAAGAGUUUAUCAACUCAUUUUGAAAUUGUUACUAGCAAACAACCAAAAGUUAAAACACAAAAGCAAAACAGCAAAAGUUCAUUGCCAACUCAGCCUACAAGAACACAGUCGGGUGUAUUGGAGAAGGAUAAGCAAACUAUCCUAAAGAACUUCAAAUAUUUAAAAGACGAAUUGGACAUGGACUCCGAAGUUCUUGAUUACUUCAUCGCAGAAGAGAUUUUUACACAAGAUCAAGUAGACUUGAUUAACGCCGAAUGUUCGAGGCGAAGAAAGGUAGACUGUUUUCUGCGAAUGUUGCUACGUUCCAAGAAUAAAGCAUAUGAGAAGUUUCUUGAGAUCUUGACGAGGACCAAAAAUGAUCAUAUUCGACAAAGUUUAGAAAAGGAAACUAAUGCAUCUGAUAUUGUUUCAGACACGCCAAAUAUGACAACCUUGACUACACAUGCAUUACUAAAGAAAUACAAGAAAACAAUUAUCAAUGAGUUAGAGCCGGAAAUGGUUCUUGAUCAUUUUAUUCAAGCUGAGGAGUUUACAAUAGAUGAAUAUGAAGCCAUUAUUUCAGAGAAAACAAGAAAAAGCAAAGUUGAACGAUUUACUAAAAUUUUGAUGAAUGACGCACAUCUGCCUCGGGGGUAUGUUAUAUUUUUAAACGCGCUGAAAAUCUCUGGCGAAGAUGGUUUACAUGAGCAGUUUAGAAGCUGUGACAAGAAAGAAGGGGAACUUGAUGCCAGUCCGUAUGAUGUAGACCAGUUUCCUGUUUGUAAUAUUCCCGAUGACGAUGACGAUUCAUUGACAGACGAUUCUGAUAUGCUGCUUGAAAUUAAGAUAAAGAUUAAAUCAAAAAAGAAAAGUAAAUCUAUCUUACAAAAGCUUACUGAUUAUCAAAUUCAGCGAGAGAUAAGCGACAGACUUUUCUCCGACACUGAUUGUUUAUUGCAUAGUUCUAGUGAAGGAAGUAUUGUCAUUAGAAUACAAGGAUGUAAAAAAGGCUCCAUUAAAGUAUUAAUGAAAAAUGGGAAGAAGGUCGCUGUAUCUAAGAUACUUGGUAUAGUUCUGUCGCAUCCUGCUGUUGUACAUCUUGCUGAUAGAAAGACAGUUGAAGUUCUUGAGGUCCACAUGGUCCCCUCUCCUCAACACGGACAACAAGAAGAAAAGUUUGACCCGAAAACAAUUAUAAGACGCAACAUUGCGUUCUUGACAGAAGAACUAGAUGCUAUAAAGUUCAUGGAUCUUGACAUAUUUACCGAUGUUGAAAAGAAAAGUAUCAACGAAAAUCGACUUUUGUCGCGUGCAAGUGGUACGAGAUGUAUGUUCGAUCUAGCUUUAGAUAAAUCAGACGAAGAUUUAGACGCACUUAUUGAUGAGAUAAAGAAAAGGAAAGAAUAUGUAUGGAAUCGCAUGUUCGUAACAGACGACACAAAAAAUCCAAAGGAUGCUUUGACCUCAAAUUAUGAAUUUCUUCUUGAAAAUGUAUGUCCUUCCGGUAUAAUUGUCCCAUGUUGUCAGAGCAAUUUACUUCGUGUUGAGAGAUUUACUACUGGAGGAACAAGGUCUCUGAUAACAAAAUAUAUUUUGCACGACAUAAUGAAAAAGAGUCAUCUGGAAAUUAAAAUCUUUUUUCAUAUACUUUCGACGUUUCAACCGGAAAUGAUCUUACCUGUGGGAGAUGUUUUGACUGAAGACAAAGUAAAAAGCAAAAAGUUAGAAGAUAUGUCUUCAUCAAUAAGAAUGAAACCAGUAACGAGUGUUAAGCCACAAGAAGAUAACAGAGAAAGUGGCUACUGGUCCCUGAACAGAACACCCGUCAUAAAAAGAAAGAAAAUUGUCGAAGAUAAUGGUUCUAGACACAACGCACAAACAACGACGAUUGGUCAAACUGAUAUGAAAGACGAGGAAGGCAUAGCUGGUUUACUUAAUUGAGGGCUGAUGACUUAAAAUAUUUUAAAGUCUUUCUUCCCAGGGAUCACUUUUUCCAGAUAUUGCGAUUGACAGUCGCUGUUUGAAAUAAUUACAUGUAGUGGUAAUCACAUAUAAACCCAUUAAGACGAGUUGAUGUAACCACGUUAAAUGUCAAGCAAUGUAUAUAAAUUGUAUGAUUUGGAGUGAAAAUAACAUUGUAAAGACAAAUAUGACAAAUGCUGUGUAAGCGUAAAAUGUCAUUUCAUAAACAAAAUGCAUUGAUCUAAGAGCUGUUGUAUAGAAAAUAAAUUGGAGGGCGACUUUAUGAAACAACUUUAAGUAAUUAUGCAAUUAAUGCAAAGCGAGUGUUUCUUGACACUUUCAUUCUGUUCCCAUUUUCAGUUACUGUUUACUAUUUAUUAGUCUUACAAUUGUACUUAAUAAAUGAAUUUCCAUACGUCUUAUUGGCGGUCUUUGAUAUCUGGUCAUACGCAUACUAGAUACACUUUUAGUUUUGUUGAAGUUGCUAAUUUUAUGCUUUUAAAUGAACUAUACCUGUGAUACCGAUAUUUAUGACAAACUACAAAAGUACUUUUACACUAUUUUAUUUUCUUUUUAAUUUAUUAAGAAAUGUGUAAGUGUAUGUAUUCAGUCAUUUGGACAAUAAAAUGACACACAUAAAACGACAUGAAAUUCCAAAUGAUAAAUUGUCCGAUCCAAGAGAAAAUGAACCUACUCGAUUUGAUUAUUUGUUAUAUUUUUCUGAUAUUUUUAAGGCAUUUUCAAAGCACCAAUUGUAAAGCUUUACAUUUGUCAUCGUAGGUUGUUUUGCAUUUUUCUUAAUGCAUCUUACUUUCCAUCAGUGUUUUAAAUCUUUUUGCUCAGUGUUACAGAAUACAAUAUAGAUCUAUGAUAUCUCAUCACGAUAAUUGUGUUAUAUAUUUAAUUCAUAUUAUUCGACUUACUCAGUGAUAGCUCAUCAUUUAAUUGCCGAGUAGUUUUCUCUGAAAGCUUAACAUAAACAUUUGAAAUGUUAAUUCUGUCUGUGAUAUCUUAGUCAGGUAAAUAGUUUUAGUUUUGGUUUUCUAUGUUAUCUUGAUAUUGAAUAUUAUGUUAUAUCUGUUGAUUUUGAUAUUUCAAAAUAAAAUCACUUGAUUUAUUUACAGUCUCUGAUGAACUUUUAGAACCAAGUUAACUCCAUUUUUUCUUUCCAAACACUGGAAGGACCCAUCAAUUCAUUCAGCCAGCAACUUUCUAAGUGCCAAAUCAGAAAAUGAAACAGGGUUCUAUCCAGGAAUUUCUGAAGGCAUGUUGCAAAAAUAUAUUUUAUAGGCACUUGCCUCCGACAGCUUAUAGGAAAGAGGAGAAUAUAUUUGCAAUAUCAGCUAAAAUAAGUAUCUGCCAGUUUUGCAUUUAUGUACUACAUGUACUACCUGACUUAUGCAUUAAACAAGAGGGCCAUGAUGGCCCUUAUAUCGCUCACUUGACUAUGAAGGCUCAAUCCCAUUAAAUUUGGGCUGUGUGACCUAGUGUGACCCGAGUUGACCCAUAUGCAAACUUGACCUAGAAAUCAUCAAAACAACCUUUCUGACCAAUUUCCAGGAUAACUCGACUUAAAUAGUAGCCCCUAGGGUGUU